AUGGGCGUCUACCGCGUCCGGGUGUCCACCGGGUCCUCGUUCUACGCGGGCUCCAACAACCAGGUGCAGCUGUGGCUGGUCGGCCAGCACGCGGAGGCCAAGCUCGGGACGCGCCUCCUCUCCUGUCGCCUGCAGGAGACGGAAUUCGAGGUGGACGUGAAGGAGUACCUGGGGCCGCUGCUGUUCGUGAAGAUACGCAAAUGGCACCUCUUACAGAACGACGCCUGGUUCUGCAACUGGAUCUCCGUGCAGGGCCCCGGGGCCAGUGGGGACGAGUUCAGGUUCCCAUGUUACCGCUGGGUGGAGGGCAACAGCGUCCUGACCCUACCCGAGGGCACUGGCCGCACGUUGGCAGACGACCCUCAAGGCCAGUUCAAGAAAUACAGGGAGGAGGAGCUGGAAGGCCGAAGGAAGCUGUACCAAUGGGGUAACUGGAAGGAUGGGUUAAUCCUGAAUGUGGCUGCGGCCAAUUUAGGUGACCUUCCGACAGAUGAGAGGUUUCUGGAGGACAAGAAAAUUGACUUUGAGGCUUCACUGGCCAAGGGGCUGCUCGACCUCGCUGUCAAAGACUCUUUUAAUGUUCUUGCUUGCUGGAAUGAUCUGGAUGACUUCAAGAAGAUUUUCUGGUGUGGCCAGAGCAAGCUGGCUGUGCAAGUGCGGGACUCCUGGAAGGAGGAUGCCUUAUUUGGGUACCAGUUUCUCAACGGGGCCAACCCCAUGUUGCUAAGGCGCUCCAGUCAACUUCCUGCGCGCCUAGUGUUUCCUCCAGGGAUGGAGGAGCUGCAGGCCCAGCUGGAGAAGGAGCUGCAGGGAGGCACACUGUUUGAAGCCGACUUCUCCCUGCUGGAUGGGAUCAAGGCUAAUGUCAUCUUGUGCAGCCAGCAGCACCUGGCUGCCCCUCUGGUCAUGCUGAAACUGCAGUCUGAUGGAAAACUCUUGCCCAUGGCCAUCCAGCUCCAGUUGCCACGUGUGGGAUCCCCACCACCACCAAUUUUCCUGCCCACGGAUCCCCCGAUGGCCUGGCUCCUGGCCAAAUGCUGGGUCCGUAGCUCUGACUUCCAGCUUCAUGAGCUGCAGUCUCAUCUUUUGAGGGGACAUUUGAUGGCUGAGGUUAUCGCUGUGGCCACCAUGAGAUGCCUUCCAUCGAUACAUCCUAUCUUUAAGCUGAUAAUCCCCCACCUGCGAUACACCAUGGAAAUUAACGUGCGGGCCAGGGCAGGGCUGGUCUCUGACCUGGGUAUUUUUGACCAGGUGGUGAGCACCGGUGGAGGAGGCCACGUGGAGCUGCUUAGGCGAGCUGGAGCCUCUUUAACCUAUAGGUCAUUUUGUCCCCCUCAUGACCUGGCUGAUCGGGGGCUUCUGGGAGUCAAGUCUUCUUACUACGCCCAGGAUGCCCUGCGCCUCUGGGAAGUCAUCUCUCGCUAUGUGGAGGGAAUUGUGAAUCUUCACUAUAAGACGGACAAGGCGGUGAAAGAGGACCUUGAACUGCAGACCUGGUGUCGAGAGAUCACUGAAAUUGGCCUGCUAGGGGCCCAGGACCAAGGGUUUCCCAUCUCCUUAGAGUCCCGGGACCAGCUUUGCUGCUUUGUCACCAUGUGCAUCUUCACCUGCACUGGCCAGCACUCCUCCGUCCACCUGGGCCAGCUGGAUUGGUAUGCUUGGGUCCCUAAUGCACCCUGCACGAUGCGAAUACCCCCACCGACUACCAAGGAUGUGACACUGGAGACAGUGAUGGCAACACUGCCCAACUUUCAUCAGGCUUCUCUCCAGAUGUCCAUCACUUGGCAACUGGGCAGACGUCAGCCCAUUAUGGUGACUCUGGGCCAGCAUGAGGAGGAGUAUUUUUCAGGCCCUGAGCCCAAAGCUCUGCUGAAGAAGUUCAGGGAGGAGCUGGCUGCCUUGGAUAAGGAAAUUGAGAUCCGGAAUGCAAAGCUGGACAUGCCCUACGAGUACCUGCGGCCCAGCAUAGUGGAAAACAGUGUGGCCAUAUGA